CCCCAUAGUCAGGAUUUCAUCUAUUCUGACCCUAUAUACCCUAUUUGCUUGACCUCUGCGACUCUUUGAACCCGCCAACCGCAGAGAUCGAGUCAUUAUAGCCCCGGAACCCCUCCGAAGUAAUUCACGACCGACCUCUGCCCCUCAUGAUGCGCGUUUGCCCAACUGCGUCGCAUCACGGCCGAGGAGCUUUUGAGGAAGUUUCAUCUCCUUCGGAGUAACGACCUUAGUGCAUGGGAGACCGUGAAACUCGAUCGCGUCCGGAUCAACGCCAUCAUGGCCGCGGUCAUGGCGAAGCCCGCAGGGACGGCGACCAAGAUGAAGAAACCUCCUGCGCCUAUGGUCCAGACAAAUCUGAACGGUGUGAAGCCCACGGCGCCCUCUUCGUCCCCUUCCAGUGCGAGGAAGACUCUCCCUGGACAGAACGCGACGCCAACAUCUGCUACCAAUAACAACGCCGUGGCAAAUACCGUCGCGCGACCGAACCGACGAGUCCAGCGCCUGACGACGAGAAACAGCACGGCUGAUGGUGGAUCUUUGGAUAAACGGGCUUCUAAGAAAUACCCGGAGCCGCAUGUUCCCAAAGAAUCCCACAUCCUCCGCAAGUUCAAAGGUUGCGCGCCUUCUCUUAUCGUGCAUCUUCACCCUACGCAUUUUCGGUUCGAUCAGCAGGAUGGUAGUUUCAGCUACCACUCCGAGAUGCGUGUCUUUAUUGAACAUCUGGCCAGAGGCACGAUUCCACAUGAUAUGGUAGAAGAGUUUCGGAAGUCCGAGGUGAAAUACUACGAUGGCUGGCUCAUUGUCCGGGUGGUCGACCACAAGUCAGUUGCAAAGCAUGCUGCGGCUUCGGGAGGCGGUGCAGAUGACGAAAGACCAUUUUCCAUCCACAAUUACAACCAGUACAUUACUCCUUCGCCCUACGCACCAUACCCGCCGAAGGAACAAUCCGUUGCAAAGUCUCCUCCCCUAAAAAAUGAGCUGGCGGGGAGUGACGGCAAGGCGCUUCCCAGUUCCGACGAUACAAUCGAUGUUGUGCCAAAAUCAUCGAAACCGCAACCGAAGGUCUAUCACGUCGCAUUGCGGCCCACAAUCUUGUCCCGGCACAUGGAUCUAGUCAUUGAUGCCAUGACGCCAGAUCCGAAAUCACUGAAUCGGAAGCAAUCACAAGCAAACGUAAACAGCCGUGCGCCCGGAGCUGGGGCUCCGCAAACUCCGAUAUCAGCCAUCCCACCGACACCUUCGAGUGAAAAAGGCCCACCCUUCAAGAAGAUAAAGCUGAAGAUCGAUCCUAAGGAUAUGCUUGAAUAUGAAGGGAGAGUGGUCAAUGCGACGGCCCCUCCCUUGUAUCUAGAGCCUGUUGAGAGUCUGGACGAAGCGGAAACCCUUCUUGGCAUGCUGAAGGAUCCUCUUCACGACCAGCGACCACCAUCACCCAAGAGCCGGAAGCGGACAGUUGCUGAACUUGCGGCAGAUGAUGCGCAUGCGAAGGAGCAGGAACGAUUCAUGCUCAUUAUGGACGAGCGUACUGCGGGUACCAAUGGCGCCGCAAAUGCUGCUGGAGUGGAUGGUCAAGCGGCCGCGGCUCUCUUUCAACCUCGUUUCGAGAAAUUUAAUGCUCUUGAUAGUAUCAAGCGCGAGAUUGCCGAGCGUAAGCAGCGUGAGAAAGAACGGCAACUCCAAGAAGAUGAGAAUAGAAGAGGCCAGCAAGAACGGAUCCAAGAAGAGGAGAAGAAGCGAAUCAUGAUGCAACGUGCUCAGGAAGCCCGAAUGCUGCGAGCUCGUCAGCAAGAAAUGGCGGCGGCAAUGGCUGCCCAACAGGCUCAGCAGGCUCAGCAGCAGCAGCAACUACAGCAGCAAUUACAGCAGCAGGCCCAGCAACAGCAGGUCCAGCAAGUGGCUCAAAGGCCCCCCUCUCAACAGGUCAACGGCAUACCUCCGAACAUGCAGAACCAAAUUAUAGCCGGUCAACAGAGGGGCUCGCCCAUUAUCCGUCAAGGAACUCCACAUGCAGCGUCCUCACCUAUUGUCACAAGCGCUGCUCAAGGCGGCGUGCCCAUGGCGAUAUCUGGUUCACAGCAGGGGCACGGUUCUCCGCCAAGACCGGGAUCGGCUGUACAGCACGGACACCCCAGUGCACCUAUGACCCGGGCCCCCAGUACCCAAGGGCCAAGUCGAAAUGGUACUCCACAGAUACCACAUGGUACCCCUGCUCAAAGGAAUGCCACUCCAAUCAUGCGACAGAAUACUCCUGCACAGCCCGUUACACACGGCAGCCCUCAUGGGGCUACCCCACAAAUGGUAGCUGCUGGGAUGAUGCCGGGGAUGCCAGCGCAGAUGCCGAACGGUGUGCCCAGGCAGAUGAAUCCUGGACAACUAGCUGAGAUGCAACGCCGCCAUGCCCUGCAGCAACAGGCUGCCGCACAAGCCCAGCAAGUAGCGAUGCACCAGCAAAUGGUCAACGGAACUCCGCAAAUGUCCCCUGCUCAAGUGGCGCAUAUGCAGGCACAACAUCACGCACAGGUAGAUCGGCAGGCUGCAAUGGCUCGCCAAGCCGCUCAACAGCAGCAACAGCAGCAGCAGCAGCAGCAACAGCAAGGGACUCCACAAAGCGCACAUAUGUCCCCCAAUCCUGCCCAGAGUCAGAAGGCGUACAACCAAUCUGUUGCCGAGCAUGUCAAGGCCCAAAUGCAGAGCCUGCAGCAAGCGCAAAAUCACGGAUCGCCAGCGCCAAAUCAAAUGACUCCUCAACAGCAAGCGACUCAGCUAGCUCAUGCCCAACAACAGCAACGAAUGAUGCAAGCAGCCCAGGCCCAGGCCCAGGGACAGAUGAUGGGACAAGGUGCACCUCAUCCCCAACAACGACCACAGGUAGACCCCCAACUCAAACAGCUAUUCCAGCAGACUCUGCAGAGCUACACACAACGUUUCGCGCAGCAAGCCGCUCAAAAGUAUGGCGGGAACGUGCAAAUGCUUCAACCGCAGGAAAUGCAACAGGUACAGGUGCAAGCUCACAGGUACGCACAGGCAGCAAUCCAGAAGCGUCAGGCGGCCAUGAAUCAGAUGGCGCAAAUGCAACAAGCUCAAGCGCGACAACAAAUGGCACAACAGGGAGGGGGAAUGCAGAAUGCCAUGAUGAACAUGCAGAAUAUGCAGGGAGUGAAUCCGAACAUGGCGGCGAUGUUGCAACAACAACAGGCGCAACAUAUGCAGCAGAUGCAAAUGCAACAUGCGCAGCAGGUGAUGGCGGCACAACAACAGCAACACCAGCAACAACAGCAGCAGCAAAACAUGCAGUUCCAGCAGAGAUAGCUGGGUCUUCACCUUGGCCGAGGUUGAGGAUUGGAAGGCGUGGGCUGUGGGUGCUUUUACCUUACACUGUUCUUUAUGUCGAGUUCUCCUCUACUCCCCGGCUUCAAGUUCAAGGUUCUCGUGACUGGGUGGACGUUCUGGAUUUCUUCUAACCCGGCUGGGCGGAGUCUUGGACCGCGACAGGCGAUGCUUGAUUCUUGGCACUUUUCUUCACUCCUAUGGCGCCUCAAUUUCGACAACGGGUUGGGCGAGACGGGAGAAUUGCAUUCAAUUGUCCUCCGAAACAGGGGACUGGUGUUGAUGCACGGGGUUUCGUUUGCUGCUUGCCUCGUGCAGGGCUUUGGGUCGAUCUACGAUGUCCAUGAAAAGAAUGACUGCAAUUCUGGCUUGGGUGCAAUGAACGGGGUUCAAGUGACAUGCAGAUGGGGUCUUGAUUGCAUAAUGCGCUGCGAUGUGGUUGGGUUGUAUGAGGGGGCGAUACUGAUACCAAGAGAGUCUUCCAGGUCAAAAGUAUUUGCCUGGUUGUGUAUAUUGCUAAAUUAGUCGUUUGACAUACUGGCACCAGUAUCCAGAUCUAUUACAUCAAUACUAAAAUCCUUUUUUGUC